AUGGCGUCCGGUAACGUCCAGCGUCGGCCUCACAGAGCCUCUUCCGCUGCUCUGCAGUGGACAACUCUAUUCUACCUCCUCCUCAUCUUUGUCUGUCCCUUAGCCUUGAUCGGGAGAGUGAAUGCUCAGGAUCAAACACCCCUAAAUGACUCGGACACCAACUAUGGCACCGUCAUCGGUAUCGAUCUGGGCACAACAUACUCCUGCGUCGGUGUGAUGCAGAAUGGAAAAGUCGAGAUCAUCGUGAACGACCAGGGAAAUCGAAUAACACCUUCAUACGUGGCGUUUACCGACGAAGAACGGUUAGUAGGAGACGCAGCAAAGAAUCAAUAUGCUUCGAAUCCUACCAGGACGGUUUUUGACAUCAAACGUUUAAUCGGUCGCAAAUUUGACGACAAGGAUGUUCAGCGAGAUCUGAAACACUUCCCCUUCAAAGUCGCCAACAAAGAUGGCAAGCCUGUGGUCAAUGUCGAAGUUAUGGGCAAACCAAAGGCCUUCACCCCUGAAGAGAUCUCCGCCAUGGUUCUGGGUAAGAUGAAGGAAGUCGCGGAGGCAUACCUUGGCAAGAAAGUCACCCACGCAGUUGUCACCGUCCCAGCAUACUUCAAUGACGCCCAGCGACAAGCCACCAAGGAUGCCGGCACAAUUGCUGGGUUGACUGUUCUGCGUGUUGUCAACGAGCCUACUGCCGCAGCUAUCGCCUAUGGUCUCGAUAAGAAGGGUAAAGAGAGUCAAAUCAUUGUUUACGAUCUUGGGGGUGGUACUUUCGAUGUUUCCCUUCUUUCGAUUGAAGAUGGCGUCUUCGAGGUUUUGGCUACCGCUGGUGACACUCAUCUUGGUGGCGAAGACUUCGACCAGCGAGUGAUCGACUAUUUUGUGAAGAAAUUCAACAAGGAGAACGAUGUUGAUAUUCGCAAGGACCUCAAGACUAUGGGUAAGCUGAAGCGCGAAGUCGAGCGAGCUAAGCGAACCCUUUCUUCUCAAAUGUCGACUCGAAUUGAAAUCGAAGCUUUCCACAAUGGAAAGGACUUCUCCGAGACCUUGACCCGAGCCAAGUUCGAGGAGUUGAAUAUGGACCUGUUCAAGAAGACGCUCAAGCCGGUGGAACAAGUCUUGAAAGACGCCAAGGUCAAGAAAUCCGAGAUUGAUGACAUUGUCCUCAUUGGUGGCUCUACCCGUAUCCCCAAGGUUCAGUCAAUGAUCGAAGAAUUCUUUGGUGGCAAGAAGGCAAGCAAGGGUAUCAACCCUGACGAAGCUGUUGCAUAUGGCGCAGCCGUUCAAGGUGGUGUCCUUUCUGGCGAGACCGGCACCGAAGACCUCAUUCUCAUGGAUGUCAAUCCCCUUACUCUCGGCAUUGAAACUACCGGUGGAGUCAUGACCAAACUCAUUCCUCGAAACACCCUUGUCCCGACCAAGAAAUCUCAAAUCUUCAGUACGGCAGCCGACAACCAGCCCGUGGUGUUGAUUCAAGUUUUCGAAGGCGAACGAGCAAUGACAAAGGACAACAACCUCCUGGGCAAAUUUGAACUCACUGGUAUCCCUCCGGCUCCUCGUGGUGUCCCUCAGAUCGAAGUGUCCUUCGAACUCGACGCAAACGGUAUUCUCAAGGUCUCAGCUGGCGACAAAGGCACUGGUAAGUCUGAGUCGAUCACCAUCACCAACGACAAAGGACGCCUCACCCAGGACGAAAUCGACCGAAUGGUCGCAGAGGCCGAGGAGUUUGCUGAGGCAGAUCGCGCCAUCAAGGACAAAAUCGACGCUCGCAACAAGUUAGAGAACUAUGCGUCGUCAUUAAAGAACCAGGUCAAUGACGAGGAUGGGCUUGGUGGCAAGAUCGACGACGAAGAUAAAGAGACUCUUCUGGACGCAAUCAAGGAAACGCAAGACUGGCUCAGUGAUAACGCUGAUUCUGCGGACAAGGACGACUUUGACGAGCAAUUCGAGAAGCUCUCUCAAGUCGCAUAUCCUAUUAGCAGCAAGUUAUACGCAGGAGCUGGUGGUGCCGGUGGCAUGCCAGACUACGGAGAUGAUGAUGACGAGCCUGCGGGACACGAUGAGCUGUGA